AUGAUGGAUUCGGGCGACCUCAUCUCCCCGUUCAAUGGGUACGCUUACCUCCCUCUCUCUCAAAGAGAGAAGGAGCGGACGAUGCCGCCCGGCGACGGGGGCGGCGGCUCUUGUGCGACGAUUCCGACGGACUGCGACAACCCCACCACUCCUUCCACCAGGAUGACUAGCUAUGAGAGAAACGAAGGAAACCAAGCCAGGCUCCGCCUGCCGAUGGACGCACCCAAUAAAGCACAUGGAGAUUUGCCGAUCGGUCCCUCCGCUGCUCACCGAGACGCCAACAAUCCAGGGAGGUGUUCCAAACGCGUCCUGCGGGUGGUGCGUGGGGGAGGUGCGGGUAACUCCGGCAACUCUGUCAUGACGGCAGGGUCACUGGAGCAGUUGCAGCGGGGCGCCGAGGUAGUGGAGACCGUAGUAAUAGAGCUGACAGAGGAAGAGGAGAAGAUCUUCCAACGGCUUCUUGAUGUCGUCGGUCACUUCGACCUCGGCACCACGCUUCGUGUCGCCGGUGGCUGGGUCCGCGACAAGCUAUUAGGGGAACAGCCUGCUGACAUCGACAUUGCCCUUGAUAAUAAUAUGACGGGCCUCGAGUUCUCCGUCAAAUACGCAAAGUUCCUUGUGGAGAAGAAGUUGACAGUGGGGGAGAAGCAGCAGGAGAAAGGAACGAAGCAGGAAGGAGGAACUAAUGUUAUCCGGUGCAAUCCGGAUCGAUCCAAGCACUUGGAAACUGUUAAGAUGUCUGUGUUGGGCAGGGACAUUGACUUUGUUAACUUGAGGUCUGAAACGUACGUUGAAAGCACCCGUAUUCCUACCAUGAAGAGUGGCACUGCCGAACAAGAUGCAUACCGUAGGGACCUAACAAUUAAUAGUUUAUUCUACAACAUCAAUGAUAACUGUGUGGAAGACUUUACUCGAAGAGGUAUUGAUGACCUCAAGAAGGGCCUUAUUGUUACUCCUUUAGAUCCCAAAGCUACCUUCUUGGAUGACCCACUGAGAGUUCUUCGAGCAAUUCGAUUUGCUACUAGAUUCAACUUUACAUUGUCCCAUUUGUUGAAAGAAGCUGCUUCGGACGAAAAGGUGAAGUUGGAACUUUCCUGCAAGAUUAGCAGAGAACGUGUUGGCGAGGAGAUUAAUCAUAUGAUGUCAGGCAGACGCCCAGUUGAAGCAAUGUCUUACAUCUGUGAUUUGGGGCUAUUUUAUGUUGCAUUUACUUUCCCUGAAAAAUCCAACCCUCCAAAUUUUGAUAACUAUGAUCGGUGUUGUGUUUCACACAUUGAAGCGGCUUGGAACUUUGCAAUUUCUUUGCACAAUGGCGUUUCUCAUCCCUUGCUGGAUGAACAGCGACAACUUUACCUCUAUAGUGCACUCUUUUUUCCUCUCCGAAAGAUGUUCUACUUGGACGAAAAAUCUAAGAAGAUUGAGGUCACUAGAUAUAUUGUUAAGGAGUCAUUAAAGCUGCCAGCAUGCCUUGCUAAAUCGGUUGUCAACAUACAUGCUGCCAGCGGAAAGUUUGCUAAAUUUCUUCUCCUCUUUGAAUCAAAUGUCGCUUCCGGAACUCUCAAGGAGGAGUUGGAAGAUGUAUAUCUUGAGUUACCAACGGACACAUUGAAUCGUGUUUAUGCAGGAGUUAUACUUUCUGAAAUAAAGGACUUUUGGCGGGUUGCACUUGCUAUAUCCAUUCUCUACUGCUAUCCAGAAGCUGAAAAUGCCCUCAGCCAGCAGGAUCGGUUGAAAGAGAAGUACAUGGAAGUUGAGCAUUUCAUAAAUGAUCUAGGUCUCAGUGAGGUGUGGAAGUGGAAGCCAUUGCUCAAAGGUGAAACCAUAAUGGCAGUCAUGCAGCGGUCAGAAGGUCCAGCGAUUGGAGAAUGGAAAAAACGUGUGUUCAGGUGGCAGCUUGCGCAUCCAAACGGAACCGUGGAUGAUUGCAUCGACUGGAUGAAGCAGUCGCAGUGGAAACGCCAAAAGUUAGAAUCCAGCAUCUGAUUUUGAGCUGCCCCAGUUUGCACUAGUUAAGCUGCCGGCCUGCCACCUGGAGCUUUUUGCUUGUUCCGAUUGUGGUUGGUGCUAGUUAUCCUCGUUCUUUGUUUACUCCUCGUAAAUCAAUCGAGAUUACCUAAUCCAGUUUGCUUGUUUGUCACGGGGUCAGCUCUAAGCACCAAUGAGGCAUUUCAGUUUCUUACAGGUCGUGCCAA